AUGACCACAGAUAUCACAUUUCUGCAGGUUGCCAGACGUUUGUUGUAGCAAUGAAAUGCGCGCGUGGCUAAUGUUCGGUGGAUAUAUUCCGAUUGGAUUUAUGGUCCAUCCGCAUUUGUCAAGGAAGCUCGAACGGCACGAUUCAGUGACGGCUCGGUGUUGGCAAUCAAUCACCUGCCUCUCCUUCGAACUUUUCCACUUUCUCUAGCUAGGUUGUUAAUCUAUGUAGCAAACAUUUCUAGCUUUUCGCUUAAUAAUGCAGGUAUGCAUUUAAGUAGCUAGAUCGUUUUGUAGCAUGCUUGAAAAUGCAUCUUGCUGAGUAAUCCACCAUGUUUUGGUUUGAUUGUUAGCUAGCUAACAUGAUACGUGUUAUUUAUCGAGCGGGCCUAGCAGAAGCAGGGAUUUGACUGCUUACCCUGUCCCGUCAGCUAGCUAGCUGUCUUUCUAGUGCGCUUGGCGUUCCAUAGAACACAUUGGGAAUAAUGAGCACCAACAUGUAUGCAAGUCGCAAGAGGAAAAAGCCCCAGAGAAGUGUGAAGCCACCUCCAGAAGGAGCCAAAUCAAACCCUUCCAAGAGGCACCGGGAACGCCUGAAUGGGGAGUUGGACAGGCUGGCCAGUCUGCUUCCUUACCCCCAGGAUGUCAUCUCCAAGCUGGACAAACUGACCAUCCUAAGGCUUUGUGUCAGCUACCUGCGUGCCAAGAGCUUUUUCAAUGUGACCCUAAAAUCCACAGCCUCCCAGCGCCCAGAGAGUAAUGUUCUGAAGAAGCAAGGCUCUGAACUUCAAGUUCCAGAGGGAGAGCUGUUACUACAGGUGUUGAAUGGCUUUGCUCUGGUCGUCACGGCUGGUGGCACAAUCUUCUAUGCAUCCUCCACCAUCCAGGACUACCUGGGCUUUCACCAGUCGGAUGUCGUCCAUCAGAGUGUUUAUGACGUCAUCCAUACGGAGGACCGAGCAGAGUUACAGAGACAGCUCCACUGGGCCCUCAACCCCACCCUCACCACUGACACUGGACAGCUGGUCUCAGAUUCAGCCUCGCCACAGACUGUCACAGUCUACAACCCAGAGGCACUCCCACCAGAGAAUUCCACCUUCCUGGAACGCAACUUUGUCUGCAGGUUAAGAUGUCUCCUGGAUAACUCCACUGGCUUCCUAGCCCUGAACAUCCAGGGGCGUCUAAAGUUCCUCCAUGGCCAGAGCGAGAGAACCAAGGAGGGCAAGGCCAUCCCCCCUCAGCUGGCCCUGUUCGCUCUGGCCUCGCCCCUACAGACCCCCACCAUCCUGGAGAUCCGCACCAAGAACUUCAUCUUCAAGACCAAGCACAAGCUGGACUUCACCCCCACUGCCUGCGAUGCCAAAGGGAAGAUGGUGCUGGGCUACACUGAGGCUGAGCUCUGCAACCGUGGCUCAGGAUACCAGUUCAUCCAUGCUGCUGACAUGCUGCACUGCGCUGAGAACCACAUGAGGAUGAUAAAGACCGGAGAGAGUGGGAUGACAGUGUUCAGGCUGCUGACCAAGCUGACAGGCUGGGUGUGGGUGCAGGCUAAUGCCAGACUGGUCUACAAGAACGGACGGCCUGAGUGUAUCAUCGCAUCCCAAAGAGUCCUCACGGAUGAAGAGGGAGAGGACACCCUAAGGAAGCGGAGCCUCCAGUUGCCUUUCAGUUACACCACUGGGGAGGCCCUUCUCUACGACACCAGCUUCCCCAAGACCCUGGUAACAGGGGACUCCUUAGCAUGCGACACCACCUGCCCUACAGAAAAUACCACCAACAACAACCAGGACGGAACCCUGGACCCUGACUCACUGCUGGGCUCUCUGCUGAAACAGGAGAAGUCCAUCUACUACUGCUCCCCUCAGACUCAGAACCAGCACCAACUCCAGGAGGAGGUGGCAGGGCUUCCACAGGGGGAGUGUGGGGGCAUCUUCUCCAGCAGCGGGCAGGAGGGCAGCAUCCUCUCUCUGUCGGAGACUGUCCUCUUCAAGCAGGAGCCCUUGGGGGUGGGGGGUGGCGGGGGGAUCGAUGGCUUCUCAUCAGAGGACAGAGACAGGGAUUUGUGGAGCUUCAUGAGGAACCUGGGCAACAGUAGGGAGGACCUGGAGCUGUUCCAGCAGGAUGAGUUGUUCCUCGAUGUGGAUCUGGACGCUGGCCGAGACGGCCUCCUCCCUGACCUGACAGACGAGAUUCUCUCCUACGUACAGGAGUCUCUGAGGAAGAGGUCAGACUGGGAUCAGACUGUAUUCUCCUGCAGGGGGGCUAAGUUAGGGGAUCAGGACUAUAGCUGCCCUACCACGCUGUUACAUCAACCAUCUAUGGAACAACCACUAGCCACGCAUCCACAUUCUACUACAGUUCUGUUACACCAACCAUCUAUGGAACAGCCACUGACCCCACAUCCACAUUCUACUACAGUUCUGUUACACCAACCAUCUGUGGAACAACCACUGACCCCACAUCCACAUUCUACUACAGUUCUGUUACACCAACCAUCUAUGGAACAGCCACUGACCCCACAUCCACAUUCUACUACAGUUCUGUUACACCAACCAUCUGUGGAACAACCACUGACCCCACAUCCACAUUCUACUACAGUUAUGUUACACCAACCAUCUGUGGAACAACCACUGACCCCACAUCCACAUUCUACUACAGUUCUGUUACACCAACCAUCUGUGGAACAACCACUGACCCCACAUCCACAUUCUACUACAGUUCUGUUACACCAACCAUCUAUGGAACAGCCACUGACCCCACAUCCACAUUCUACUACAGUUCUGUUACACCAACCAUCUGUGGAACAACCACUGACCCCACAUCCACAUUCUACUACAGUUCUGUUACACCAACCAUCUGUGGAACAACCACUGACCCCACAUCCACAUUCUACUACAGUUCUGUUACACCAACCAUCUGUGGAACAACCACUGACCCCACAUCCACAUUCUACUACAGUUAUGUUACACCAACCAUCUGUGGAACAACCACUGACCCCACAUCCACAUUCUACUACAGUUCUGUUACACCAACCAUCUAUGGAACAACCACUGACCCCACAUCCACAUUCUACUACAGUUCUGUUACACCAACCAUCUGUGGAACAACCACUGACCCCACAUCCACAUUCUACUACAGUUCUGUUACACCAACCAUCUAUGGAACAGCCACUGACCCCACAUCCACAUUCUACUACAGUUCUGUUACACCAACCAUCUAUGGAACAGCCACUGACCCCACAUCCACAUUCUACUACAGUUCUGUUACACCAACCAUCUAUGGAACAGCCACUGACUCCACAUUCUACUACAGUUCCUCAGUGGCCACCCCAGCUGCCUGUAGUCCAUCCUCUAUCAGUUCACCACUAUCAGCCUCCACCCCACUACCCACAACAGCCAAUACCACAGCAGUGUUUACACACACAGCCCCGCCCACAGGAAGCAUUGCAGGCAACACAGCAGCAGCACCGGCUGUCCCAACGUCCACAGCGGCAGCAACAGAACCAUCUAAAUGGACAGGUAUUGCCAAAGCAACAGCGGCAAAACAACCAGCUAUAUUCACAGUCACAGCCCUUCCAUCCACAGCAGCGACAGCAACAGCUGUGUAACAGACUGGAGCACAUGCAGGUGGAUGGGACUGGGACGGGUUCAAUGACAGAAAGACAAAAAGACAUCACCAAGCAGCAGCAGAAGAUUCCUCCGUUGUUCAACGUGGAGCAGCUAGGGGGGCUCCAGACUCACCGCAGCCACCCCCAACAUGGGCACCUCUGCCUGGGGGAAGCUUCCCUGGGCCUCCCCUACAGGAACCAGCUGAACAUUGUGUCUGUUAGCCGCUCCCUGGAGCUCUCCUCCUAUGUACCCACCACGGGCCUCCAGAGCCAGAGGGUGGACGGAGAGCUCCCGCCCCAGGAUUUGGAGGAGUUGCUGGGCAGCCUGGAGUCCACUGGUCCCCGGGGGAUAGAAGAUGGUAGGGGAGCGCACCAGUGGAGUGUGGUGGAGGCCCUGGGUGUGUUUCAGCAGCAGGGGCACCUCCCUGACGGCCAAGCCCAGUCUCAGGCCACCAGCACGGACUGGGCUCAGCACGCCUAUCCCCUGGCUGUGGGGUUCAGCCGGGUCAACAGAGCAGAGCGGCCAUUCACCGCACAGUUCCAGAACGGGAGCCUGCAGGAGGCUGGCCCAGACCCUGGCCCUGUACCCAACCCUGGGUCCUCUAGGGGGGCAGACCCUGGCCCUGUACCCAACCCUGGGUCCUCUAGGGGGGCAGACCCUGGCCCUGUACCCAACCCUGGGUCCUCUAGGGGGGCUGGCCCUGUACCCAACCCUGGGUCCUCUAGGGGGGCAGACCGUGGACAUUCAGCAGCGGGGCAGCCAACGCACCAGCCUCCCCCUCCCGCCGCUGAGAGCAGGCCCUACCCUGACCUCCCUCUGAGGAGAUUCAUGUGAGACUGAAGGCCCUCCUCCCUACUAGUGCACUAUAUAGAGGAUAGGGUACAAUUUGGGAUUCAAUCUUAAACAGGAGCCAGGGAAUGUCUGGGAGUAUGGAGGACUUGGACUGGAGAGGUGUGCCUCACUUCGUAGAGCAUGACACUUGCAACGCCAGGGUUGUGGGUUCGAUUCACACGGGGGACCAGUAUGAAAAUGUACUGCUGUAAGUCGCUCU